AUGGGGGACCCAGAGGUCUAUGAUGGUACUGGGGACCCUCUUGUAUUGGUGACCUGUUGGUGGGUGAAGACCUGUAUGGGGGACCCGGAGGUCUAUGAUGGUACUGGAGACCCUCUUGGUGACAUGUUGGUGGAUAGAAGACCUGUACGGGGGACCCGGAGGUCUAUGAUGAAGGUUGGACAACAAGACAAGUCCGUGUUCCAUAACGCACAUUUCCCCUUCGGUUACCGGGCAUUCCUCGGCUUGCGUUGUCUGGUGUCCAUCGGGGUCCGCAGCCCUGGAUGCGGCUCUCGUAUCUUCUAUGGAAGGAAUCCACUGAACCCGUCCUCUUCUUUCUUACAGGUCAUUGCAUUUUCUUUCUCCUCCAGCUUUGUACGGUGCGGCUUUGCUGAGGACACCGAGACUGGUGGGAAGGCCUCCUGGCUGUCCAACCCAGGCAGCAAAAUCCAACAACUGGAGUUUCAUGUCUGUGUGGUCGCCCCGUCCUUCUUCGAGGAUCUCCGUUCUCUGAUUUCUUCCAGCCAAUCCCUCACCAAACUUGUCAUCAGCCACCACAAACUGGAGGACGCCAUUUUUAAGAUCCUGUGCGACAGUCUGCGCCAGCCGGGCUGUACCUUGCGGGAGCUGGAGCUGAACGACUGCAACUUGACUGCCGCAAGCUGUGAGCACCUUGGCUCUGCUCUUAAAGCAAACCGAUCCCUACACAAGUUGGAUCUGGUACUGAAUGAACUUAAGGAUGAGGGAGUGAAGUUCAUCUGUGAGGGGCUGAAGGAUCCCGGCUGUACUCUGCAGGAGCUGAGGAUUGAAUUCUCAGAGCUUUCUCCGGCCUGUUGUGACUACCUCCACUCUCUUCUGAUGACCAAUCGAACUCUCACCACCCUGUACUUGAGAGAAUGCAACAUCCAGGACACAGGGGCCAAGCGGCUGUGUCAGGCCCUCUGUAAGCCAGGCUGCACUCUGGUGAACCUCUGGUAAGGACUGAUGGGUACA